AAAUUGUACUUAAAACAAAAAAGAACAAAAUUUAGUCGAUGACAUCAUAUGAAUACUUGUCUUUACGUCACAUUAUCCCUUGCGUUAAGUAUUACAGCGUCUAUUUGAAAUAUGUCUAUAUAAGAUUUUUUGUGGUGUUUAUUGCAGUUGUAAUUUUAACAUUUAAUUUUACAUAAAAAAAAAAGAAAAACAUGGAGACUAUCAUACAACAAAAAGUAAUUGAAGUUGCUAAUAAUGUUGAGAAACAAUUGGAUGCAGAAUUAGAAAGAUUGGAUAAUUUGGAUAUUAAUGAUAUUGAGAAAUUAAGAGAAAAUCGUUUGCAAGAACUUAAAAAGUUACAAAAACAAAAACAAGAAUGGCUUACUUUGGGCCAUGGAGAAUAUUCAGAAAUACCAGAUGAAAAGGAAUUCUUUGAGAUGUCCAAAAAAUCUCAAAAUAUUGUAUGCUUAUUUUACAAAGAUGAUUCGCCAAGAUCUAAAAUUGUAGACCAUCAUUUCAAAAUUUUAGCUAAGAGGCAUUUGGAAGCUAAAUUUUGUAAAUUGAAUGUUGAACGCUGUCCAUUUCUCACCGAACGUUUACGAAUAAAAAUCAUUCCUACAAUAGCGCUUAUAGUAAAUGGAAAAACUAAAGAUUAUAUUGUUGGUUUUACUCAAUUGGGUAAUUGCGAUGAUUUUUCUACUGAAACAUUAGAAGUUAGAAUUGGUCAAUCUGGAGCUAUUAAUUGUAGCGAUGAUAUAAUAUAUUCUAACAAUGCUAGGAAACCAUAUUUGUCUCACAUAACAAAACCUAAAACUAUUAAAGGCCAUGAAUCCGAUGAUUCCGAUGAAGAUUAUUAAGCAUACGAUUAGUAUUAAUACAUAUAUAUAUAUAUUUUAUUUACAUGAAUAGUUUUAACGUUUAUAUUUUGAAAAUAUUUAAUGUAUGCAAUAAUAGAAAUGUUCGAUUAUUUUCUAUUGAAAUCUUAAAUAAAAAUAUUUCUUUCAUUUGUA